UUCAAUAUUCCCAAUGGUGCAAGAAGUGCAGCUGGGCCAGUAUACAUCAUUACCUGUAGCCCAGCAUAUUACCUGUCUGGUCCUAGCACGGUCACCUGUAAUGGAAACAACCAGCAUACCACUCUGCCGACAUGCAACAGAAUCCCCGCAUGCAACAUAACUGUGAAUGGCGGAUCUAUACUUGGAACUUCACCAUUCCACACAGUUAAAUGCGAUUUAGGUUACAAGCUCAACGGCAGUAAGACUGUUAAUUGCACCCAAAACGGUUAUACACCAUUGCCAACCUGUGAACAAAUCCCAAACUGCACAUUGACUGUUCAGCAUGGUUCAAUAUAUGGAAUUGCACCUCAUUACACAGUUGAAUGCGAUUUGGGAUACCAGAUCAAUGGCACGAAAACAGUGAACUGCGUGUCCAACAUCAGUCACGUACCAUUUCCAACUUGCGCACCCAACAUAUGCUCAGCACCAGUUCUCGCCAAUGGGAUUUUGACGGAAAGGGCUCCAGCCUUCAAGGUUGUUUGUUUUGAUGGCUUCCUACGGAUUGGGCAAGAGACGGUUUUCUGCCUAAGUAACACUAAGACAACUCCUCUACCAAACUGCACUGCCUAUUCCGGGACAUGUGAUAGCUCAACUCUGGAGAAUGGGUACACUCAACCCAAUGAUAACUCUAUGGUUCGCAGACUUUCCUGCAAAUCCGGUUAUCGACUUUACACCUCGCCGCAUUACACUUGUGUUUCAUCAUCGAUUUCAAAGCGAAUCACGACCUGUAAAAAAAUUGUUUGCAACUCUUCCUCGACAACCAUUGACAAUGGAAUUCUUCAGCCGCCGGACGGCAUCGCCAAUGAACAAGCCACAGUUAUAUGCAGUGCUGGAUACUCACUGGCCGGUUCGCUUAAUGCCACGUGUGGGGCGGAUGGCAUGUGGAACACAACGGCAGUGUGCAAAGGUGAUCCGUGUCACGAACUAACCAUACCUAAUAGCAAUGUGUCUGGCUUGAAAGCGUCAACCGGUGAGGUGUUUUAUGUCGGCUGCAAGGAAGGAUUCAAUCUACAGGGCAACCCAACAAUAUUUUGCGUGUCACCUUCAUAUUGGAAAUCUCUUCCACACUGCGAGCCUGUACGGUGCAAAGGUACGCCAAUAGUGCAGAGUGGCUCAGUGCUGGUUGGGCACAUCACCCCAACAUUUGGAACCAUGGCAAUUAUCAUCUGUAACUCGACGUAUGAACUCCAUGGCAACAGAAACAUCACCUGUGGCGCGAAUGGUACCUGGACCGACAGUGGUCAGACUUGCGAAGAAUCAACUCCUAGCAGUGAUACAACGACUACCUGCAAGUCUUCCAAUAGCACUGUGUAUGUCGCCAUCAUCGGUGUGCUUGGUGUGGUCCUUGUUGUUCUACUGAUCACGGUCAUCUAUUUGGUAAUGCGCACUCGCACAACAGGCCUUGUUACAAUCAUGGAUAACUCAGGAGCUUCACGAGAAGUUCAGCGUGUUGCGGAAGCUUCCAGCAAGGCCAGCAAGUCAGUAGCUAGUCUCCGAGGGGAUCAAUACGGAACAAUCGGCGACUCGUGCAGCGCUGAGACAAGCAACGACGGCGAUCAGCAAGGGGACACGGGAACAGGACCUGAAGUGUAUUCUGACAUUGCCGACGUCGUCGUGAGGACCCCCGCUGCCAAAGAAGCGCCCAAGCCAGUUACAAAGCAGCCGGAUCCACCAAUGACUGAUGACACAAACGUGUACAGUUGUGUAGACGAUCCAAAGCCGAGACCAACGUCAGAAGGUCAACCUAAAGGAGACUUUGAUCAGUACGCAUAUGCCGCAGUCGAUGCAACAAGACAGGAAAAACAGAAGGAAGCACCCAAGCCAUCCCACCUGGUGCAGGAUGAAGACCGUGUUCCAUUUACAGAGCCACGCACGCCCACCGCCGAUCCAUAUACGUCCUUCCCACAGUCGGACGAUGAGCAGGCUGAUGAAGGUAUGUACGCCAUGGUCGACCUCAAGAAGAAGAAAAAGAAAUCGGCCAAAUAGGCCCCACUGGAGUUAAUGUUACACCGGCGAUGUGAACGUAAUUUAGCUCAGAAGCCGCGUUCAGACAACACCCACCUCACGAACAUUCACAGUAACCCAGUACUCUUUUAUGUUUGACACUUGAGCACACAUGAUCUAGCAAUAUGUUUCAUCAUAAACACAUUCUGAAUUCCAUUCAUUCUGCCUUUCAGUCUCUCAUUUUUGUGCGCGCUCCAUCUAUAACCUUGCUCUUAGACUUUCAUCGGACUGCAUGCUUUGGCCACAUAAUAUGCAAUCUGCUAGCAUUUAUUUGCAAAUUCGGGUAUCCUUACACCCAGUUGUUUCGAUCUGUCGAAACCCAUGCCAGAGGUAAAAUUUUGCCUGGAUUCUACUUUCCAUUUCGUAGUUGUUCCUUCCUGAUUAUAGGAUAUGAAAACAUUUGCCAUUGUGUUAUUUCUACAAGUACAUUUGAACACUUAAACACAUUGCUUUGGUUGUUACCUAUUUCCAACGAGCUGCAUUCAACGUUCAUUGCAUCGACUUGUGCACACCAGGCUCUCUGUUUGUAAUAUCAAAAUUUAUAGCAGCAUUUCCAUCCUUUUACUUGCGUACGAUGCGCAUCAGUUUGGGGGCAUAACUUCCCCCAACAAAUCUCCCUUUUAUGAUUAAUUGAAUGAGCAUGUCCACUUGGUUUUUUUUUCUCCUACACACAUUAAACAUUUAAAUCUGACGAGAACGUUCUUGUGCUGAAAGGUCGCAAUAUUUCGCUGCGAUGACGCUCACUA